AUGAGGAACUUACUCGGGUUGAAGUCCUGGAACAGGCCCCUGGGGUUCAUGGCGAUGCCGCCGCCAGCGCCUCCGCCAGCCCCCCCGGGCCCGCUGCUCCGCCCGACUCGGCGGGCGCCGAGUCUCCGCCGCUUCCAGGGCCCGCCGCCUCCCCGCCCCGCCUGCCACAGGUCUAGCUGGGCAGUGGCCCGGGCUGACCCGGAGGAGGUUCCGACCCGCGGCACGGAGUGGCCGGAACACGUGCGCGCGCGGUCACGUGGCCCGGCCGGAAGCGCGGCGGGGGUGGGCGUGCGCGUGCGCGCCCGCGCCCAGCCCGCGCGACCCGGGGGUCCCGGACGGCGUGGCGUCUACGUGUGUGGCCCUGCCUCGGCCCCGCCGCCCGCCUUCAUUCCGUACCCAUCCGGAAAGCGGCUACUGCGUGUGGCGCCGGAGGCGAAGGGGCCGGGCGCGCCACUGACACCCCGGCCGGCUGGUCGGCUGACUUCGGGCGGACGCUUCCUGGCGGCGCCCGCAGAAGGGAGGCGGGAAGACAGGUGCCAAGCAGCCAGUAAUCACCCAAAAAUACAUGCCUGUGGGGAUCAUUCAGAACCAGGUCCCGGAUUUACCCUGCACAGAGUGUGGGGCUCUCGCUUGGAAGGGGCUGUCAGUCCUGCCCGCAGGACACAGACAGCACAACAGUGUGCCCUUCUCCCUGCCCAAAACCUUCAGUGACUUCUCGUUUCUCGGGAAGAAUCCACAUGCCUCACCUGCCCUUCAAGGCUCUGGUUGACCAGCUUCAGUUUAUCUCUCUGAUCUCAUCUCACCGCUUGCUGGACUCCUGAGGUCACACCAGCAUGAGCCAAAGAAGGACCACCUGGAUUCAGACCCCAGCUCUGUCAUUUAACCAACUGUGUGUCUUGGACCCAAUGACUCAGCCUCUCUGAGCCUAGGUUUUCUCAUCUGUAAAGUGGGAAUAAUAACAUCUGCUUCACAGGACAGAGGGAAGAUAGUAGAGACUUAGGGCCUGGCACGUUUAGGAAAUGAUCAACAUCUAGGGCGCCUGGGUAGCUCAGCGGGUUAAAGCCUCUGCCUUCAGUUCAGGUCAUGAUCUCAG